CUCCAAGUAAACACGUUUGUUUUCCUCAAAGCAGGCAGUCGAGCGUUGUCCGUCGCCGCGCCACCCGCCAUUUUGAAUUACAAAAAUCUAGUCAAAACAUUUACUUUUAACUGACAUGAGGUACUCAUUUAUUUUGGUGCUUCUGUGCCUGUCUUGGGCGAGGGGUCAGGAUCAGAACGUAAGCGAUGAAGAGAGGAAGCGAUUUGAAGAACUCUUCGGGAAGGAUGACGAUAUUGACCUCACGCCGGGCAAAAUACCUUCCACACCAUCCAGAGGGCCGGAAAUCAGUCUGUCCGAGAGGGAACGUCUGGAAGUCCUUUAUGGCAAGCCGGAUACUUCUAAUGACAAUGCCACGGAAUGUGACACGAAAGAUGGCAAGGCGGGCGUCUGCGUUCUACACUAUCAAUGUAACCCAGAGUCUGGUACCGUCAACACAGAUGGCAACUCCAUAAUUGACAUAAGACAACGCGAGUGCCCCCACUACCUGGAAGUGUGCUGUCUUUUGAACCAGAAGCAGGAAAAACCGCCACCCCCAGUGGUGGAGCAAACCGAGUGUGGCUGGAGCAACCCUGGGGCACAGGCCUUCCGUAUCGUCAACGAUGGAACUUCAGCGGAGUUUGGAGAGUACCCCUGGAUGGUGGCCAUACUCAAACGAUCUGAUGGCAACACGGCCUGGUCUCAGACCGAUUACAUGGGAGGCGGCUCCAUUAUCCAUCCGCAAGUCGUUCUCACGGGCGCGCAUAAAGUUGACGGGAAAGAAGCCAAUGAGGUAAAAUGCCGUGCUGGUGAAUGGGACACGCAGACAAACAAGGAGAUCUACCCUCACCAGGAGCGUAACGUCAACAAGAUCAUCAAGCACUCCGACUACUACAGACCGUCAGUGUACAAUAGCGUGGCCCUCCUUAUUCUUGACUCGCCGUAUGAGCUCGGCAACGCACCACAUAUUGGCGUGGCCUGCCUCACCCCGCUCUCCCCCGCCGGCGCCCGCUGCCAGAGUAUGGGCUGGGGCAAGGAGUUUAACGACAAGGACAAAUAUGCUGUGGUGCUCAAGAAGGUGGAACUUCCAUGGGUCCCUCGUGACAAAUGUCAGAAGGAGUUGCGGAAGACUCGUCUUGGCUCGCACUUCGUGCUCCACCCCUCGCUAACCUGUGCGGGGGGUGAGGCGGGGAAAGAUACCUGCGCGGGCGACGGGGGGUCGUCCCUCGUGUGUCCUAUAGGGAACGUGGACCCAAGUCAGGAGUCCCUUCGUUUAGCGAUCUACGGUAUGGUGGCGUGGGGUAUCGGCUGCGGUGACGCUGUCCCCGGCGUGUACGUCAAUAUGCCACAAUUUUACGACUGGGUUGGAGAGAAGAUGGCCGCCGAAGGGUUCGGUACCAGCUCUUAUACCUUCAAAUAAUAGGCUAGUCUCAUAAUUAUCAAGUUGUUAACUAAGUACAUCGACUGCGGUGACUCGGUACCAGGCGUCUACGUCAAUGUGCCACUGUUCUACGACUAGAUUGGAGAAAGGUAUUUCUAUAUACCAGCUGUUGUAAUGACAGUUUUGAAUGAUUGACGGUUAUUUUCAUUAUACUUAUAUUGACCGUGAUUACCUUUCGAUUUUUGUCGAGCUCUCGAUAUUUUGACGCAGUUGCAUGCAUCAUGAUCACGGAAAACUGACGAAGGCGGGUGGAUGUCAAAGUUGCGUAGACAGCGCGCGAUCUACCCUCCUUCGCACGCGUCGGCUGCGUUCACUUUCAGCGUUACCACUGGUGUGCCGCUGGUCACAUUCACAGCUGUCAUACUUUCUAGUUCUAUAACUAGAAAAUUUGACAGCCUAUAUGUAGGUAUAUAUGCUUACCCUUUUUCGUAAACUUUAUUUACUAAAGUUAAUAAGCCGUUUAUAAUCGAUUGUCCCUUUCCAGCGAAUUGGUAUGACAUAGAUAGAUAGGUAGAUGACAUAGGAAUAACCGAAAUUUAUCGACUUUUCAACUUUAGUAAACGUUUAUGAAUAAGUAAGGGGGUUCAUUAUAAUCUCUGAUAUACACAUGGAUCAUGAUGCAUGCAACUGAAGCGAAAGAUCGAGAGCUCGACAAGAAUCAAAAGGUCAAAAAGGUAAUCAUGGAUCAUGGUCUAUAUCGCUGUCGAUAUAAGUCUAAUGAAAAUAACCGUGAACCAUUCAAAACUUUUACGGUAGAUGUCGCUACAGCUCCCAUCGAUCUAUGAGGUGGAAAUUUUCGCUAUGGAUGAAGACUUAGUAGCUCAGAUGGCAGAGCGCUGGAGUACCACUCCAGAAGCCGUGAGUUCAAGUCUCAUCUAUGAUGUUUAAAAAAUAUGAAUAUACACAAAUAGGUGUGUACAUACACCUACAGUCAU